UACUUCAAUUUUCUCUCAAAUCACUCACACCCUUUGAAAGAUCAGUCUCUCAUUCUCACUUUCUCUCUUUUCACUUUCUCUCAUAAACGCCAUGACCAACCCAAUUCCUCAGAUUCCCAACGAAACCCUAAACCCUAACACCACCGAACAUCAACAACAAUGCCAAGAACAAGAAGCUCCACCACCAACCCUACACUCUAAUCCUCAAUCCCCCAAAACCCUAACAGUCCCUGAUUCCGAUCCCGAUUCCGCAUACCCUAACGAAGGCGAAGAUACCCUCAUGGAAGAUCCGAUCGAGAUUCAACACGUCGAUGACCCGGAGCCCGAUGCUACCACUGCCUCCGCCGCUGUUCGCCGUGGGCCGAAGCGGAAGAAAAUGGGGGCGAAGCGAUUCGCGCAGGAGAGGAAGUCACGCGAGAAGCUUCAGGUUCUUGUCGAAACCCUAAAACCCAUUCCCUUUGUACCUGCUAAAGCUCUCGACUUUGAGAGCCAUAAGAGCCUCUUGCAGCGUCUUGGGCUCUGGGAUUUCGUCCACGUGGAGUUUGAUUCCUCCAUUCGUGGCGAUCUCCUCGCACAGCUCAUCGCCAGCUACGUCCCCUCCUCGCGCUGCAGUUAUGUCAAUGGGGUUAGGAUCAAUGUGAACCGUGCUGACCUCGGACGCGCUCUCAAGUUGCCGGUGAAGAAGGUGCCCGCCGUGGUGUUGAUUGGGGAAGCUGGGGAGGAGGAACUGGGUUUGGGGGAAUCUGUUGCUUUCGUUUCAGAAUUGGUGUCGAAUUGGAUGCUAUUGCAUGAUGAUACGUAUAUCAUGCCGAAUGAGGUUUUGGGCUAUUUGAAUUUGAUCAAGGAGGGGCAUUUGGAGAAGGUUGAUUGGGCGGGGUUGAUAUGGAACAUGUUGGAGAAGGAAUUGAAGACCCCCCAGCUGGUGAACUGUUAUUACGCCUCGCAAUUGCAGUGUAUGAUUAAGACGCAGCACAGGGAGUUGCUGGAGGAGGCGCAGAAGGUUGAGGUGGAGGAAGGGGACGAGGUGAAGGAUGAGGGAGAAGAAACUGAGGUGAAGGAUGAGGGAGAAGAAACUGAGGUGAAGGAUGAGGGAGAAGAGGCUGAGGUGAAGGAUGAGGGAGAAGAUGCUGAGGUUAAGGAUGAGGGAGAAGAUGCUGAGGUUAAGGAUGAGGGAGAAGAUGCUGAGGUGAAGCAUGAGGGAGAAGAGGCUGAGGUGAAGGAUGAGGGAGAAGAUGCUGAGGUGAAGCAUGAGGGAGAUGAGGCUGAGGUGAAGGAUGGGGUAGAUGGGGUUGAGUUGAAGAAUGAGGCUGAGGUGAAGGAUGAGGGAGAUGAGGUUGAGAUGAAGGAAGAGGGAGAUGGGGUUGAGGUGAAGGAUGAGGAACUAGAUGAUGAGGAGGAGGAGGAAGAGGAAGAUGAAGAGGGGGUGGGCGACAAGGUGGAUGGGAAUGGUGACGUGAGAAUGGGUGGGGUUGAUGAGAGUAGAGUUCUUGAGUUGGAGGAGCACAACAUUGAAUUGAGUCUGGGGCAAGAUAAUGUUGAGAGAGUUGAGGUGGAAAAGGAUCAUGGAGGGGAACAGAUGAUGGAUUUUGAGCAGACUAAGGAAGAAGAACCUGGGAUGUGGCUUUUGGAUCAGAAGAACAGUGUGGGGGAGCCCUUUUUGAGGGCAUGUCAUUCUAUUGAUGUGAAGGGUAUGGACUGUGGCCAACUGAAAGAGGAUGAGGGAGAAGAAGGGGAAGAACAAGAGGAUGAAGAUGAAGAUGCAGAAGAAGAUGAGCACGAGGGUGGGUUCCAUCUGUCGCCUAAGUGUAUUCCUUUGGAGGGGAUGCCUUCUGGGACUGGGAGUCUCAUUCAAGCAAUGGAAGCAGCGCAGAUGCCUUUUAGUUCUGGGAUUGAUCUUCGCGACAACUCAGUAGGAGAUUUUCUCUCUUCUAGAGAUGAUGCUCAGAUGAUUUCUGGAUCGUCACUUUUUGGUAAUGGUCACAAGAGAGACCAUGGCCUGGAUAAUUCUUUAAAUGGCAGUAACAAGCGGGUAAGAAGUGAAAGCCCAUGGAAUUCUAAGCCAGUCGACUUUGAAAUGUGCAUGGAACAGAUAGAACACUGGAUGGAGAAAGCUAGAAUGAUGUAUGCAGCAAAAGAUCAGGCUUGUGAAGAAUCUAGAAUGAAUCAGCAACUCUUUCUUAAUGAGCUACAGAAGCGAGAUAAUGUGAUUGAGCACUUUCAUAAAGCAAAGAUGGAAGAUGGUCACAAGAGAGAGGUGGAGGUAUAUCGGUUUGAGAAGGAACUUUUUAUGAUGACCAGUCUUGUGGACGGCUACAGAAAGGCCUUGAAAGAAACACAGAAGGCUUUUGCUGAAUACAGAGCACGUUGUCCGCAAGCUGAUGAACCACUUUACAAGGAUGUUCCUGGGUCUGGGGGCCUUGUUCUGAGUGUGAUGGAACUGGAAAAGGAACGUCUGAAGAAGGAAGAAGAAGAAAGGGCAAAGUUGAGAGAAUUUUUGAGUGAUUUUGAAAAGAAGUCCAGAGAUAUUGAAGGUGCUUGGUUUGGUAAACUGGAAGGUCAUCUGAGUAGAGUUGAAUCCCUGGGUAACAGGUUGCUGGCGUUUGAGGACCAAGUAAAACAUUUGAAUGAAGUGAAUGCUAAACGCAAGGUUUCUGGUCCUGCUGAAUGUACUCCAACAAGUGAAGGAAAAACUGCUUAGUAAGGUUUAGUAAUUUCCUUGUCACAUGAUUAAAAUCAGUUAACACUAAGUUCAAGGCAGCAGGUUGUUUAUGAUUAUAAUGUACAGAAUUUUAUUUUGAACCUGAGAUCUUAAAACUAAGUGUUUCAGAUCAAGUCACAAAGUAUGGUAAUUUUUGUUUUUUGUGUUUUGCAUCACUACGCUAUUAUUUAUUCUAAUCU